GCCUUAGUGUAAUGGGUAUCACCAGCAGCCCAGCCCAUCUCCUCCUGUCUUUUCCUAUAUUGUCUCUCACCUGCUGGAGAGGUUUCUUCUGUACGGCAGGUUAACAGAACACUGGCACUCUUACCUGGAAUUAUGGAAUCCACUAUUGUAUGAAGCAGCAUGUGGCUGGUUUAAUCUGACAGCUUUCAGAAAACAACUCCUUUGGAUUGUGGUCUGUGAGUGGCAGUGAGGAGGAGGAGGAGGAGGAGGAGGCUGGAGGAGCCCUGAGGACUGCAGGAGAGCUUUCCUGGGCGGGAUCAUAGGCUUAGCCAGCACUCUGCAAACUUUUGUAACCUUCAUUUACUGAGUAAAUAUCCAGCACUCCAUACUGUGCUCCAGACCAACUCCGCUUUGGAUUACAAAACCUGAAAAAAAAAGGCGAAAAAUCAAGAAAAACCACCUGGAUUAGUCUCCAAGAGAAGCUCCCAGAGUGCUGCCUGGCUUGGCUAUGGGGACCUGGACAUGGCUCUUUCUCUUGGGACAAACAGUGGUUACUAUCCUGCUGGUUCAAUCUGCAGAUGAAGCCAUUCCUAGACUCACCUUGCAAUAUGGAUCUCCAGAAAGGACGGUAAAGAGGUUUCAGGCAGAUGGAAUCAGCCAUUACACAACCCUACUUCUCAGUAAAGAUGGCAGCACCCUAUAUGUAGGGGCCCGGGAAGCCCUAUUCUCUCUAAACAGCACAAACUUUGCAUCUCAGUCAAUGUUAACAUGGAAAGCAGAAGACAGUAAAAAGAAGGAAUGUACAUUCAAGGGAAAAGAUGCUCAGAGAGACUGUCAGAACUAUAUUAAGAUCCUCCUGCAGCUGAACAGUACACACCUCUACACCUGUGGAACAUACGCCUUCAGCCCCAACUGCACCUACAUCAGAAUCCAUGAUUUUACUUUGGAAACCGAUUCAAAUGGAAAUCCCAUCAUGGAAGAUGGAAGGGGCCGAUGCCCUUUUGAUCCAGAAUAUAAGUCCUCUGCAAUAAUGGUUGAUGGGGACAUGUACGGAGGCACUGUCAGUACCUUCCAAGGAAAUGAACCCAUUAUUUACAAGAGUGAAGACAGCAAAAUUACUUUGAAAACUGAGACCUCCUUGAACUGGCUCCAAGAUCCAGCUUAUGUGGGCUCGGCUCAUAUUCCAGAGAGUCUUCCCAAAGGGAAUCCUAUUGGUGAUGAUGAUAAGAUUUAUUUCUUCUUCACUGAGACAGGAAAAGAGUUUGAUUUUUUUGAGAACCCUUUUGUGUCCCGAAUUGCUCGAGUGUGUAAGGGUGAUCUGGGUGGCGAGCGUGUCCUACAGAAGAAGUGGACCACGUUCCUGAAGGCCCAGCUCCUGUGCACUCGCCCAGAAGAUGGUUUCCCCUUUAAUGUCUUGAAGGACAUGUUUGUUCUCACUCCAGGAGGGGAACACUGGAUGAAUACCAUUUUCUAUGGGGUCUUUACUUCGCAGUGGAACAAGGGUGGUGUUGGAAGUUCAGCUGUAUGUGCCUUCUCAAUGAAUGAUGUGCAGAGGGCGUUCAAUGGCCUCUAUAAGGAAGUAAACCGGGAAUCUCAGCAGUGGAGUACAUACACCCAUUCUGUACCAGAGCCACGACCUGGCGCUUGCAUUACUAACAAAGCAAGGAACAUGAAAAUAAAUUCCUCCCUACAAAUGCCUGACAGAGUACUGAACUUCAUCAAAGACCAUUUCUUGAUGGACAGUCCUGUGCGGAGCCAACCUCUACUGCUCCAGACCCAGAUGCUUUAUCAGCAGAUCAGCGUGCAGAGAGUCAAGGGGCUGAAAAAAACCUAUGAUGUCAUGUUCCUGGGGACAGACGACGGGCGUCUGCACAAGGCUGUCCAUGUGAAUAAAAAAGUCCAUGUUAUUGAAGAGAUCAAAUUGUUUCCAAAUGCAGAUCCAGUUCAGGAGCUCCUGGUCGAUCACAGCAAGAACCUGGUUUACGCCUCUUCUCGCUCCAUGGUGGUACAAGUUCCGGUUUCAAACUGCAGUAUGUAUGCAAGCUGUGGGGAAUGCAUUCUUUCCCGUGAUCCCUAUUGUGCUUGGAGCAAGAGGGGCUGUCGCAGUGUCCACCACCAUUCACAUGAUCCAAAUGCCCAGCACUGGCUCCAAGAUAUUGAAAAUGCAGAUACUGAAAAACUUUGUGUGCAGAGCAAUAGCUCCGGGCCUUCUGGACGGGUUCAUGUUUCAAGCGAAACACCUGAAUGUAAGAAGAUUGUGCUUAAGCUGAAUAAUGCUACUACUUUGCCUUGCAAUUUGUUAUCCAACUUAGCAUCACGUCAGUGGCUUCACAAUGAGAAAGCGAUUGAUGCCUCAUAUUUUGUAUUAGAAACUGGAGACCUCAUCCUCGUAAACAGUCCUGAAAGACUGGGAACAUAUGAAUGCUGGUCAGUAGAGAGGGAUUUCAAGAAGAUGAUGGUGAAGUACUGUGUGGAGUCAGACAGCUUCGUGAGGACAACCACUCAAAGGGCUCAAACAGAAAUAAUUUUUCACCAAGUUAGUGCCAUUGACAAGGUUGUCAACACCUCAAAAUUUAUUUCAUCUUCAGGGGGCAGCUCUGCCCAGCUAUUAGGGAAAUCUUACUGGAAUGAAUUUUUAAUAAUGACUGUACUGUUUGUGGUUGUAUUGGUCAUCAUGACAUUGUGCUUCUUGUAUAGACAUCGCAGUGGAAUGAAAUCCAUUCUGAAGCCAGUGGAAAACUCAGACAAGAAGCCACGUAAAAAUGCUGAAAGUGUGCCCCUAAAUGGGAACAGUGUUCCUAUCCAGCAAGCUGACCAUAAGGGUUAUCAGACUCUAAAUGACAACUAUAUCAUCAGCACUCCUGUUCACGACCCUUUGGUUGCUAGUAAAAUUGUAUCAGAAUCAGAGAAGAGACCGCUGAAUGUCAAAGACACUCUUGUGGAAGUAUCGCCAGCAUGCCCAAGACCAAGAGUACGACUAGGCUCAGAGAUAAGAGAUUCUGUGGUAUGAAAGACUAAAACAUAAUACAUUCCUGAACCCACAAACUACUAUGGGACCACAAGCAACAGUUCAACGAGGCUCUGUGAUCCACAAGUAUUCUGUGUGUGUGCAUGCAACUUUAUGAUGAUGGUCAAAACUUGAUUAUAAACCCAGGCUACCUAUACUUGGAUAGCUUCUGUGUGCAGAAAGUAUACAAGUGUACAUUGUGGAAAGAUAGCACAUCAUCUUCUGUUACAAUCAUCAUCAUGGUCUCUAGACACAGAAGGACAAUUGUGUUUGGAAGCAUGUGCACACUUGGCCUCCAGGUAGCACAAUACCAUUUCAACACUCAUCUGAUAAGCCGUGUGCAAGGACAAUCUUUUGAGAAAUUUCCACAUGGUUAGUAGAAAUUUGGGAUACUAGUAUUAUUCCUCAGUAUCGGUUAUGGAGAAAGGAGAAGACCAAAUGUAAUUGGGGGUCCCCAAGGCGUCACUCAUGUUAGAAGAUCAUCAAGAAUGUUGUACCUGUGAACAUUUUGUAGAUCACUGAGCGUCCAGGCUUUGUAAUUCUGAGCAACCAAUGAACAUGGUGUCAGUUUUGGCAGGUUUUAUUAUUAUUACGGAAAGCACAAUAAGAAUCUGGCAUUAGCCACGAAAAGGGUGUUCAGAAUAUUGGUCUGGUACAUUGCCAACUGGUGGCAAUAUUCUACUGCGGGUAUAAGACACCCUACUUUCAGAUGUUUGCCAUGUCGUCCAAGCAACCACCUUCAUGAACACUUCUUGCACCUACUGCUGAUGAUCAUCCACAUCCUAAAUCUUUUAGAAAACAUCUAUUAAUAUUAUUUGUGUUUUUUGUUAUGUUUUGUCAUUACUUUGUUUAAAUAAUGUGAAACCAGGAACUGGUGUUAUGGCACCAACAACCAGCUAUAAUCUGCCUAAAGUGUAAAAGGUACAGACACAGAAUAUUUAAUUUAUCAGUUUGUUAGAAAUGACAUCAUAUAGUUUUGUUUUGUUCAGGGGAUGGGGGUGUAAAUAUUGUAUAUUUGUCAUGGGUUUUUAUUUGCAUUUGUUUUUUUUUGAGAACGUGUGUGUAUGGGAUGUGUUCUGUUAGUAUGGACAGAUUUACCAGUAGUGUACGCCAUUGCUCCAAGUGACCAGUAGGGAAAAUGCAUUUAAUUGUUUGGGAAAUGUCAGAAUUUUCCUGUCACACUUUUUCCAGUGCCUUCAUAAUACGGGACUUUGUUAACAUACACAAAGCCUGGAUGGUAAGACAUCCUGCGCUCAUUUUAGACAUUGUGUAUCAUUGGUAUAAACUAGAAGUUGAAAGAUGUUAUGGAAGUAGUAAGCACACUCUUUCUCGGCUAAUACGAGAUACUGAUCAUGGGGUGUCUGAGGGCAAGAUUGAAAGCACAUGCUCUACACUCCUAGAGUGCCAUAAAUGCCUGCUCUUGCUUUACUGCGGAUUAGUCUGAGCAGUGUUGAAAAUACCAAAGUAGUUGUUAUGCUACUAGUUAUUGUAUAGAUUACAAAGUGGUUUUGUGCAGAUAAGUCUCUGAGAAUAUCUCAGGCAGCUGCUGUUUUUAUACACAACUAGAGUAUCGAGUUCUCAGAACAGUACUAAAGACUACAGAUCUAUCCUCUCAGUGGCUAUACCAUAGUAUAGCUACUUCUUUAUAAAGCACACGUACCUCAGCUAUGUUCAAGCUCCAACUUUUCUACUCAUGUUACAGAACAAUAAACCAUAGACCUUUCUUCCUUAGAAACUUUAGUUUCCAGUCUCGGUGCAGCCUAAGGAGCAUUGAUCAAUGUUGAUUUGUAUAAAACUACUUUGGAACAGCAAAUGCAUCUUUGAAUGUACAGUAUUGACUCAGUAGCAUCUGAUCUAAAGCACAUUCACUAGAAUAUAAAACUCCCGUAGCUAAGGCAAAAAAAACCGUAGUGUUCUACACGCAGACGUUCAGUGACUACCUGUCGUGUACAUGCUAAACACCAGAUCUACAAUGCUGUGAACCAGCUGCUGCUUGACAGGGAUAUUUACCGGUACUACACUGAAUAUAGAGGACCACUAGGACUCUGACAUAACCUUACCUGUGUUGCAAAAAAAAAAAAAAAAGAAAUGCGCACCUUAUCACAACGCAUGCAUGGAAACGCCCCAUCCUGUUGUAAAUAUGUAUGUGCAGCUUUUCUGUGCCAAAUGUUUUGUCAGUAUGUGGUGUUGGUGAGUCCAGUUGUACAGUUUGCUUCCCAUGUUGAUUUGCAGUUUAUGAACUUUUUUUAUUACAGCACUUUAUUUUUAAUAAAAUGUGGAAAAAUUCCAAUCUCAACUUUUUUCUGGAUUUGAAUUCUAG